AUGGAAAUUUAAGUUUUAGAUAUUUAGGUGGACAAAUGGGAUUAAAACUAAGAGAGGCUCAUAAAGACUCAAAUUAGAAUCACAAUUAAAGUAGAUCAUUAUAUUGAAUAUUCUUUGGAUGGAGUAGUAUUGAGAAAGUAUAAAAUAAUGUAUUAAUAGUGAACUAAUUUAUGAUGAUUCUAACUAUCCAGAAAUAGCCACAAAUUUAGAUUAGAUCAAACAUUUGAAUUGGUUGGGUGAAUAUGGGUGCAAUAAAAGAAAAUUUGGUAAAUGGGUAGUUACUUGGAAUAGUAAAGUUCUAAAAGAUGUUGAUGGGUAUUAUGAUAACGGAUUAAAGCAAGGUUUAUGGAAUGAACCAAUUAGAAAUUAUUGGAGGUACAAUAAAAUAAUCUAUAAAAUAGUAAAGCUCAAGUCUUUGAAAGAGGAGUCUACUAUAAUAAUUAAAAGUGUGGAACUUGGAUUUUUAUCUAGGAGAACAAAAGGAUGUAUGAUUAAAAAAUUACCUAGUGGUGGUGGUCAAUACAAUAAUUAAGGUUAGAAAGAUGGUAAAUGGGUUGAAUUGAGUGAUAGCUACUAUAAUCUUUCGUAAGUCACAUAUAAAGGUGAAUAUAAAAAUGGUAAUAAAGUUGGAAAAUGGGAAUAUUAUUUGAAUUCUGAAACGAAUAAAUUAAUGUAAAUUGUGAAUACAAUCUGUUAGAGGAGGUGGAAUAUAUCAAGAAGCAGUUAAGGGAUCUAUUAAAUCUGGGAAGUGGAUUGAAUUGUCUGAUAGUUUUAGUAUUGGGUCAUAAAUUACUUAAGAAGGUUAUUAUAAUAAUGGCAAAAAAGUAGGUGGUUGGAAUAUUAUUUGGAAUGAUAAUAACAUAAAUAAAAAGAUGUAAAAUUAUGAUAUUAUUUGUUUUAGAGGUGGAGGAUUAUAUGAUUGUUCAAUAUAAGUAGGAAGAUGGAUUGAAUUAAUUAAGGAUUUUGGAGGUGGACAAGGCUAAUCGUAAAUCAUUUAUAAUGGAGAAUAUUAGAAUGGUAGAAAGGUUGGCAGAUGGAAUAUUAUGUAUUAAGAAUAUUGGGAAAAAUACUUUGUAAAUGUGUAAGAUUAAAAUAAAACAUGAUAUUUAUUAGUGGUGGUGGCUUGUAUGAUGAAUAAAGUUCGAUUAAAAUUGGAUAAUGGAUUGAAGUGAGUGAAAAUUUUGGGAGUAGGAAAGGAUAAUCAUUUGUCAAUUAUAUUGGUGAAUAUAAAAAUAGUGAUAGAAUUGGUUAAUGGGAUAUUUGGUAUAAAUAUUAUGUUGACGGAUAUAAAAACAAAAAAAUGUAAUUUUAAUAUAAACCAAAUCUUUAGUGGUGGUGGAUUAUAUGACAACAGAGGUUCCUCUAAGAUAGGGAUGUGGGUUGAGGUUUGCGAUGGAUUUGAAAUGAAUUUGUAAAUCAUUUAUAAGGGUGAAUAUUAAAAUGGUAAAAAGGUUGGUAGAUGGGAUACUUAUUAUAUGCCGUGGGGUAAAGAAGAGUUCAAAAAAAUGUAAAGAAUAAUCAAAAUUCUUAGUGGCGGUGGAUAAUAUGGUGAAGGGGGCUAAAUUAAGAUUGGAAAGUGGAUUGAGUUAAUUGAUGGUUCUGUUAGUUCUUAUGAAUGUGAAUAUAAAGAUGGAAAAAUAAUUAAUGGUUCUAAUUUGAAUAUUGAAUUAAAUAACAUAUUAUGA